AUUUCGGUAGUUUUUAUAUCACAUUUAUUUGUUUUUAUUUAUUUAUAUAAGAUCUCGUAUACACAGUUGGUUUGGUUUGUAUUUUGCAAAUAAUUACUUGUGGAAACUUUGGUAAAGUGAAUUUGCGCUAUAUAAGAAUUAGGAAACCACUGUAAAGUCACCAAUUUGAAAAAGAUCAUUUGAUUUGAAACAUGAAAUUCUUUACGGUAUUAUUCCUCAUCGCUUUCGCGAUCGUCCUGGUUGAAGGUCAACGAGGAUUUGGACGACGAGGACCUCGUGGACUUCGUGGACCAGGCGGAAGAGGCCUAAAUGGUUUCAGAAGAUCUGGUGGUUUUGCACAAUUUCCAGGAAGACGAGGUUUUGAAGGGCGCACUGGUGGUCGUCCAUGCUUACCUCCACGUCCACCUCCACGUCCAUGCCGACCACGCCCAACAGCUGCUCCAGCAACUGCCGCUCCAGCAACCGCAGCUCCAGCAACCGCAGCUCCAGCAACCGCUGCUCCAGCAACCGCUGCUCCUGCAACCGCUGCUCCCGCAACCGCUCCUCCAGCAACCGCCGCUCCAGCAACCGCUCCUCCAGCAACCGCUGCUCCUGCAACCGCUGCUCCCGCAACCGUUGCUCCGGCUACUCCUGUACCCACAAUUGCUCCAUAAAUUUGUUGUCAUUAAAACGUAGAGUUUCAAUAUAUGUAUAUUUCUUGC